ACGACAGAGAGGGACGACGACGAUGAGCAGCAGAAGAAGAGUCGGAGACGAUGACAAAGGAUUGCUCUGGAAACUUCCUCAAGUCAGAGUCAAAGACAUCGGAAAAGUUGGUCCAGCCUUUGGACUCGGCGUAGGUUGCGGAGUCGGGUUCGGCGCCGGUCUUAUCGGAGGUGUAGGAUUUGGACCAGGAGUACCUGGAUUACAGUUUGGGUUAGGAUUUGGAGCUGGUUGUGGAAUUGGUGUAGGUUUUGGCUAUGGUGUUGGGAGAGGAGCUGCUUAUGAUCACUCUCGUUCUUAUUAUAACGUUGGGAAACCAUCUCUGAAUGAAGUUGAUGCUCUUAUUGAUGAACUUGUUGUUAGUACCAAGAAGCUUGUGAAAGCUACUACGAAUGAGAUCGACAAGUGGAUUAAAUGAUGAACAUUAGCAGUAGUUUAGCUUGCUUGCAGCUGAUAAGUAAAAAUGUUAGUGUUGCUGCUAUGUUCUUUAGAUCGAGAAUGUAGAGACUCGGGGUAGUGGAUCUCGUUUCGUUAUGUAUAAUUGGUUAUGGUAUGAAGACGGAUUCACGUAAUUUUAUAUGGCAGAUUUAUCAUUCUAGUAA